CGUAACAUACCCCCAAUGUGAAAGGUUACCAUAGAGCAACAUUGUAGUCAGGCAGCAAUGGCGACCUACAGAGUCACUCCAGCUCUGCACAGAUUUCUGCUAACGGUGAAGCAUGUCUCUUUCAGGUCCAGGUGGUGCAUGGUUGCAUCUCGAACACAGUACUCAACUGUUUACGAUCCUAGCGAAAAGACAUUUGACAAGAUUCUCAUUGCAAACAGAGGAGAGAUUGCCUGCCGGGUCAUUAAAACAUGUAAGAAGAUGGGCAUCAAAACAGUUGCAGUACACAGUGAUGUUGACUCCAGUGCUGUCCAUGUGAAAAUGGCGGACGAAGCUGUCUGUGUUGGCCCAGCUCCCACCAACAAAAGCUACCUCAACACUGAUGCCAUCAUGGAGGCCAUUAGGAAAACCGGAGCCCAAGCUGUGCAUCCAGGCUAUGGGUUUUUAUCAGAAAACAAAGAAUUUGCCCGACGACUGGCAGCAGAAGGUGUCACCUUCAUUGGACCUGACACGCAUGCUAUUCAAGCCAUGGGAGACAAGAUUGAGAGCAAAUUAAUAGCCAAGGAUGCUAAGGUCAACACCAUCCCUGGCUUUGAUGGGGUGGUCAAGGAUGUGGAUGAAGCUGUCAGAAUUGCAAGGGAAAUUGGCUACCCCGUCAUGAUCAAGGCCUCAGCAGGUGGCGGUGGGAAAGGCAUGAGGAUAGCCUGCAAUGAUGAAGAGACCAGGGAAGGGUUCCGCUUUUCUUCGCAAGAAGCUGCCUCAAGUUUUGGCGAUGAUCGGCUUUUGAUUGAGAAGUUUAUUGAUAACCCAAGGCACAUAGAAAUUCAAGUUCUUGCAGACAAACACGGCAAUGCGCUCUGGCUGAACGAGAGAGAGUGCUCUAUUCAAAGAAGAAACCAAAAGGUGGUGGAAGAAGCACCAAGUACCUUUCUCGAUCCAGAGACUCGCCGAGCAAUGGGUGAGCAGGCGGUAUCCCUGGCUAAAGCAGUGCAGUACUCGUCAGCUGGAACAGUGGAAUUCCUGGUGGACUCGGCAAGGAAUUUCUUCUUCUUGGAAAUGAACACUCGCCUUCAGGUUGAACACCCCAUCACAGAAUGCAUUACUGGCCUGGACUUGGUCCAAGAAAUGAUCCGUGUUGCCAAGGGUUACUCACUUCGCCACAAACAGGCUGACAUUCCUAUUAAUGGUUGGGCCAUUGAAAGCAGAGUUUAUGCUGAGGAUCCCUACAAAUCGUUUGGCCUUCCUUCGAUUGGUCGUCUCUCACAGUACCAGGAACCACUGGGUUUGCCUGCUGUUCGCGUUGACAGUGGCAUUCAAGAAGGAAGUGAAAUCAGCAUUUACUAUGAUCCCAUGAUCUCCAAAUUGGUUACAUAUGGCUCUACUCGAGCUGAAGCACUUCAGAGAAUGGAGGAGGCUCUAGACAAUUAUGUCAUUCGAGGAGUGACACACAACAUCCCUCUUCUGAGAGAGAUCAUCGUCCACCCCCUGUUUGUCAAAGGAGAUAUCAGCACCAAAUUCCUCACCGACGUCUAUCCUGAUGGCUUUAAAGGCCAUCAGCUAACAGAUUCAGAGAGGAGAGAAUUGUUGGCAACGGCAGCUUGUGUGUUUGUGGCAGCACAACUGAGAUCCCAGAAGUUCGAAGGAAACUUGAGGGUCUCCACAGCCCAACAAGUGCAGAAGAGGUGGGAGCUGUCAUUGAAGCUGGAUAAGGGUAUUCAUGCAGUGACUGUGUUGCAAUCAGGAUCAACCUACACUGUGGAGCUUGAUGAGAAGAGGUUGGAUGUGACCAGUGAAUGGAACCUUGCAUCUGCUUUGUUACCUGUCACCAUCAACGGAACCCAGAGGACCAUGCAGUGUCUUUCCAGAGAUGCAAGUGGAGAUAUGAGUCUACAGUAUUUGGGCACAGUGUUUAAAGUCCGGGUGCUGAGCAGACUGGCAGCCGAGCUGAGCAGACACAUGCCUGAGAAAGUGCCAGAGGACACCAGCAGCAUCCUGAGAUCACCAAUGCCUGGCACUGUGGUGACUGUCUCUGUCAAACCCGGGGAUGCGGUGGCAGAGGGACAAGAAAUCUGUGUGAUUGAAGCAAUGAAAAUGCAGAAUAGCAUGACUGCUGCCAAAGCUGCCAAGGUGAAAAGUGUGCAUUGCAAAGCUGGAGAAACUGUAGGAGAAGGCGAUGUACUUGUUGAAUUGGAAUAAAUAUAUGCAUUUUCAAACAAUA